UUCCCGUUGUUGGUUUAAUAUUAGACGUCACCACACUUGAGCCAGGAGAGGUGCUUCAUUCUAUGAUUUUAAGCGAUUACAACUAUUUUAUAGAUGUUAAAAAUGUCGAAACUUGUAUAUGGCACGAUGAUGAGAUAACAGGAUGAAGGAGUGUGUAAACUGUGGCACUGUUGUAGAUGAGGCAGCAUGGUUUGCUCUAGACCAGCAAGUGGCUACUGUCACAGGGGCACCAGUCAGUGUAACAGUCAGAGAGGGAUUGAUUGAAAUCUUCCAGAGUAGAAUAGAUGAUAAAGAUAAACCUGAGGCUGGACUUUGUGAAAGAUGUUUUAAUUUGUUGUCUGUUGCCAUCAGUAUGAAGAGAACUUCAUCAGAUGCUUUAGAAAAGUUUAUAUCCACCUCGUCAAACGUCCAUGUCAAAAAUCUAAACGCUCCAUUGUUAUAUGAUCAUCUGAAUACAGAAAUUAAUACAAAGUUAGUUUUACAAGAAGGUGUAGACUGGUACUCUGUGAUAGCAGACAUACCAAAAAAUAAUGUUAUCUGUUAUGGUUCUACUGUAGCCAUUGAAUACAUUAACUCUAUACAGGACCAGAUAAACCAGUUCUUCUCUUUUUGUUCUGAUAAAGCAGCUACAAGGACAGAAAGUGAAAUAAAAGAAACAACUUCUCUGAGUUUAGAUAUGUCUGGUUCCUUUUCAAGUUGGAAAAAUAUACAAGGAACCAGCUUAGACAAUGCAUCUGUUACCAGCAAUAAAUCCUAUGUUGAGAGCUCUAUUGUGAAUACUCAAGGGAACCAGCGACAAGGCAAACCUGAUGAGGAAACAGAUGAAAAUGUUGAAAAAAGUCAGGAAUUGGAAAAAGAAGAUAAAGUUGAUAAAUUUGAUGAUGCUAAGAUCAAAACCGGACCAAAUGGUAGUGCUGGUAAAAAAGGUACAGACUCAAAACCUCUGAUGACUGAAAAUGCAGACUCAAUUCUUCCAAUGACUAAAGCUCGAAGCAAGCAAAGUAAAAAACAUGUGACUCUAGACAAAGAUUCGAAAGACAAACCAUCACAGGACCAAGAUGGAUUUGGUAUGGAUGCAGAGUGUUUUCUAGAGAUUCAUGUAGAUGAAAAUGACCAAGAAAAUUUUCUCAGAGAUGAUGAUGGGAAGUUGAAUGUAAAAACAAAAAAGGGGAACAUGCUUCCUGACCACCUGUCAGAUGUAUCCAGUGGAGAACUUGACUAUGAGGAUUCACCACAAUAUGAAGCAGAACCUGUGUCUACAGAAGACUCGGAUGCAGAUUCCUUACCUUUACAUAAAAAGAAGUCAACCAAGGAAAAUAAUCAACAAAAAAUAUGUUCUAAGAAGGGAGCUUCUCAAAAGAAAGAAAGUAAUCCUAAAAAACUAGUCAGCAUUUAUUCAGAGCAAUACACUUCACAGUCAGAUAAUAUUGCCUCAAGUGAAGAUGAAAAAUACUCAGUUUGUGAAAAUGAAAACAUUGUCUGCGAAACGGAACAUGAAUUAGAGGAAACAGUUGAUGACAUCACAGCCCCAGUUUUAUCUAUAAAGGGAAUUAACUCUGCCAUAAAAGCAUUGAAGGAUGGAAGAAACACACAAUUUGCUGAUCAGAUUGUAUCUGGUACCCAAGAUAAACAUUGGAUAAGGAUUGAACCUAGAACAGGUGGUUCAGAAUCAGCAGAAGAUAAUUUGUUAUCCAAUCCUUCAGAUUCAGUUGAAAAAUCAGUUGUGCUGGAUUUGGAGUCACUUGAAACAAGGGUCUCAGAAAAAGAUGUUCCAACAGUGAUACAUACUGAUCAAUUGGAAAGUGAUGGUACAGAAGAAAGAACAAAAGACCAAUCAGAAAGUGAUAUAACAGGUGAAAGGAAUGUCCACCAAUCUGAAAGUGAUUUUACAGCAGAAAGAAUUACUGACCAAUCAGAAAGUGGUGUAACAGAUCAGAGAAAUACUGAGCAAUCGAAAAUUGAUGUUACACCAGAAAUGAUUACUGACCAAUCAGAACGUGGUGUUACACCAGAAAUGAUUACUGACCAAUCAGAAAGAGAAGUUACAGCAGAAAUGAAUUCUGACCAAGAUGGAGGUAGAAAUGGAAGUUUAGAAAAAAGAAACUCGAGAGAAAUGAGCACUGAUUUGGAUGAAAGAACAAAUUCUGAUGACAUUGUAGAAGACAAUGCUCUAAAUCAAGUUGAUACUUUACCUUCUGUAUCACAAUCUAGAUUGUGCAGAGAUAGUACUGAAACAGAUCUAGUUAAUAUUGAUGUUUGCAGUAAAAAUAUAAGGGAAGAUUCUGUCGACAUUGAGACAUUGCGCCAGCAAAUGAUAAAAUCUAAAAGUGACCCAGGAAUUGAUAUUGAAAAAAUAAGCAGGCGAAAAUAUGCAAAUUCAGAUAGUGAAUCAAUAAUGAGUCCAGAAAAAGAACAGGAAAAUUUGAUAAGAUCUAAAAGUGCUGUUGAAAGCUAUAUGAAAAUAAUAAAUAAGAUGAAAGAAAAACAAACUGGGGAAUGUUCCCAGAAAUCAAUUCAAGAAAAAAGUGACGAAACACACGAAUCAGACAAGAUGAAUGUAUUUGAAAGUCCAGUAUUAGAUGAGUAUAUUGCAAAUAAUGCUUUUGAACUGUCUAAUGUGUUUAGUAGUCCUAUGGAAGGAGGACAUAAAUCAGUCAAUAAUUCAGAAAAAUUGGCCAGGAUGGGUAGAAUAAUGGAAAAUGUUCGAGCUAGAAAUUAUUGUAAAUCUAAAGGGGAACGUGAAAGUACACCAAAAUCUGGAUCGUGUAAGACAAUACCAAAUGAUUAUAUAAAUAUUACAAGUUCUAACGAAAAAAGAAAAAAACAGAAAUCUAAAAGCAUAGAAAAAAGCAGUAAAAAGAAUGAUGCCAAAUCAUCUAAGAAAAAAAUCAAUGAUGAUUUUAAUGUGAAAAACACUGACUCAACUAAAAAAGGUAAUGAAGAAAUAAAUAGCGGAAUAGGCAUGAUUAAGAGCCCAACUGGUGCCAAGAAGUGCCUAUUUUCUAAUUUAGGAAGACAAUUUGGACCUGAUGAUAUUUAUGCUGCAAGUACUAGUGCUAUAACUACAGAACAAUCAACUACUCCUAUGUCUGUUACAAAUGGUGGUACUUCUAAUGGUGAUGAUAUUCCUUCAGAAAAUAUAUCUAUAGCCACAAAUUUAUUUCCAGAAACUGAAGUGAAAUCUGAGGAGGAGAGCGAAUACUUCAAAUCUGUCCAAGAGGACAUUGACAUAUCAAGUUAUAUCAGCAAAACAAAGAAAAAAAAGAGAUCCAAAAAAUCACCUAAAACUAAAAAUAGAAAGUCAUCAUGGAAUAUGAAAGUCAGCAUUCAUAAGAAAGACCGAUCUGCCAAAGAUUUGAGACAAUCUUCUGAUUCAACAAUAAUUACUAAUGAUAUAAUUGGUGUAAGUUUGGCAGAUUUCGAGAUUAAUGAAGAGAAACCUGUACUUUCUCCACAGAAUGUUGGAAUACAAAAUGAAUUACAAGAAUCACCAAAUAUUGAUCCUCCUAAUUUAAAUAUUGAACAAGAAGAGGAAUCGGACAUGAAUGAGUUAAGUGUUUUGACUACGGAUAUAUUACAGCAUUUACAACCAGUUGUUUAUUUGGAAAGAUUAAGUGAAAAUAUACUUAACGAAUACUGCUCAAGGUCUUCACAAUAUUCAGUAGAGACAGACGAUCAAACAGACAAUAAUUCAGGUUCAGACAGAAAUUCUUUCGCUCCUUCAGAAAGCAGUGAUAAAAAUGGUAAAACGUAUCCACCAUUGAACGGAUCAGAUAGUGAGGAUCUAUCUGUAACUGAUUUUGAGAAAAUAGAGAAAAGUAAGACUUGUACAAAUGAUAAAAUGGUAAAUGGAAAACUUUCUUUAAGUAAACAGGCUGAGGAUCCUGAAGUAUCUGAAACAGGAUCACAUUAUGAAGCAAAUAUGAUGAAAAAAGGAGUAACUGAAACACGUGAAACUGAGAAAUCUCUAAUGAGAAAUUUGAAAGAUAUUGGAGACGAUGUAGCAAAAUCAUCCGACAUUGUGAGAUCUCCAGGGAGAAAUUCAAAAGAUAAGGCACAUAGUAAGAAUACUGCCAAUUGCAAGUUAACACAAGUUCACAAACCUGAUGUUGAAAAUGUAAAUGAUAUAAAUCCUGCACAAUCAAAGGGAAAGAAGAAGAUAUUAGAUAACUCAAUCCAAUUAAACAGAACUAAAGUAUCCACCAAUGGAAAAGAAGUAAUGACGCAAAGAAAAUCACAUAAACAAAAGAAACCUGUAAAAACUACAGGUAGUAAAGAUAUAUUGCAAAGUCAUGCAAAGAGCUCUGUUACAAUAUUAGAUAAAGAAUCUAAAGAGAGAUCGCUACCAGAAGGUAAUACUCUGAAGGAACCUGGAAUGUCUGAUACAAAAUCUGAUAAUAUGAACAAUGACGGAGAUAUAGAAUGCAUUAAUGAUUGUUCAAUUAAUGAUGAUGAAGCCACUGAUACAGAGUUUCCUGAUGAGAAUGAAGAAAAGGAAGUAAAAACUAAAAGCAGCAAAAACACUCAAAGUUCCACUUGCAUUGAUUAUCCAUUGCAAACUUCUACAGAGAGCACUGGAUUUCAAACGGGUACUAAUGGUGAACCUAACACAACUGAAGAUACUACUAGGCAAGGAGGUUCUAAAAAUCUGAAGAAAACAUCUGAAGAUGCAACUAGAAGAGAUAAAGAUACUUCUGGUUGUAGAAUGAUGAUAGAUAAAAAAGAUAAUGGCACAGAAAAACGCAUUUCUGAAAAUAUGGAAUCUGACUUUGCUAUGCAUGGUGAUAAAACAUCUGGUUAUGUUGAAACAUGGUCAGUUGAUACAGAAAGCCGAAAAUCUGUUGAGGGUGAUGUAAAUAAUAAAUCUUUACAGUAUGCUGUAGGAAAUACACAAAGGUUUGAACUCUCAGAUUUGGAAGGGAACAUUAAUACUGGAACAUCCAUUGUCGAAAACGAUUUAAAAAAAUCACAAGAUGAAUAUGAAAAUGAAAAGAAGAAAGUCAGUAAUUCUGACAUGCAGACCCCUAAAAAUGAAAAACAAUCCGAUAAAGUGAGAGAUUUGACAGGUUUUCAAAGUGAAGAACAUGAAGCAAAUGCAAAUGGUGAAGUAGAAUUAUUAAAGGAAAAUAGCAGUGGAAAAGCAUUAGAUGAUAAUAUAGUUGCUUCUAAAAAGCUGACAUCAUUAGAACAUUUAAGUGAACAAGUAGUAUCAGCUACUGAAGUAGAAGCAAAUGGACUCAAGCUUAUCAUCAAUGAGAUUGAGCCUAAUGAGAACAGAACCUCAUUUACUGAAAAUGAACAUAGUAUUCAGAUUGAAGACAGUCAAGAAAACGAAGUGAAUAUUGAAAUACAAAGCAUAGGAGAGAAUGUAACCAUAAAUGAAUCUGAUAAUAGCUUAGCAGUAAUUGACAAUUUUAGAAACUCUGAAUGCUCAGAUGCCAAUACAGAAAGUGAUAUAAACACAGAAGAUCUUGAUCGUACACAAAAUGAAUCUAGUGACCUAUUUUCAUCUGCAGAAGAUGGAACAAUUGUCAAAAUAUACACUAAAAGACCUGAUAUUUUUGAAAAUAAUUUAAGUGAUGAUACAGACAUUCCUAAAAAAUGUGAACACAAUGAAAAUUCAGAUAGCAAUACUGUAAUAUCAAUGACUGAAACUAUACAAAGCACAGCGCCAAAUUUGGAAAAAUUUAGUGAAGAUAUUAACAGUACAAAUAAUGAUCCACCAUUUACUAAACAUUCACGCCCCAAUUUAAUAUCAGGUUUUAGCAGUGGGAUAUCAUCAGAAACUGAAAACGAAAACCAUAUAGAAAUCCCUGAAAAAACAGCAGCUGAAAAGAAUAAUAUAAGUGAUACGCCAAGUGGAAUAGUUGAAACGGAUCCAAAAGAUACCAACAUAUUUACAUGUGGAGUAUGUGGAAAAAAAUUUGGAGAUGAAUUUGCAUAUCAUUUCCAUAGUAUGAAUAAACAUCAGACAUCUUCUGAAAAGGAUAUUACAAGCAAUACAGAAACUAGGAAUAAGUCAGUAAGCAUGGAUACAGAUAUUGCUACCAUUGAUACUGGCAAAGUAAAUCAUGGGAAAAAAGGAUUUGCAAAACAUAACAAUCAUAGGGAGAUAAAAAGUAAUGUGAACUGGAGGAGAAAAAUAUUUGAACGGACUGGUUCAAUUGGAAGUAGAAAGCAACUUGAGGAUUUAGAAACUAAUGAAAACUCUGAAAGUGAUGAAAAUGGAAAUUUGGAAAAAAGGGAAUAUGCAAUGCCAAAAAAAUUUAGAAUUUUAAAAAGUAGCCAAUGGCUUGAUCAGCAUAUGAACACCGAUGGUAAAGUUUCUUCAAGUGGAGAGUCUGAUAUAGCAGAAACAUUAAGUAAAAUAAGUCCAGUACAUAAAAGCUAUAAAAAGGGAAAUUUUAAUCAAACUGAUUUAAUCAUAGGAUAUGGUGUUAUGGAUAAAGUAAGGGAAGUACAACGUGAAAUAGUUGAAAGAUCUACUCAGUCAAGAAGGAUGAACAGAAAUUCUCUCCCUGAGUCUUCCAUUGAAGAAACCACAGAGACUACAAAUCAAAGCACCAAUAGUGAGGCACAAGGUAGAAUCCCAAGCAAACGAGGUAGACCUAGAAAAAAGAAAAAGAAGCGCACAGGACAUUCAACAAAGACACCAACUAAAGAUGAUUCUACGUUAAGUUCAGAUAGUUUAAAAAUUCACCCUUCAAAGGACAGUAGAAAAGGGUAUUGCUCCAAACAAUGGAAGAGUGCAUUGCCCACAUUAUCUGAUAGCAGUGAUUUACCCGAGGAGAUGGUUUCUCCAAAUGAAGAUGUUUGGUUUGGAAAUAAUCCGAUGACAACCCAGAACAUACUCAGUGAAAGUGGUCUCGAAUCAGAAUCUAGCAGUGUAUCUGCUAAAAGAAAGAAGAAAACAAGUUUUAAAGGCAUCGAAUAUCAAGCAAUGUCCGUUAGAAAAUCCAUGACCGGGAAAGUUAUGAGAAGAGAAAAUCUUAAAAAAAAUCCAUGUGUCAGCUCAUCUGAAGAAUCUUGUGAUGACGGCCGAAGUCUUGGGAAAACAAACUCUGAAUUCGAUCCAUGUCAUACUAUAAGCAAAGCCCCUCAGAUAACUGAUACAAGCAGUGAAUCAUCUGUAUCUAAUGAACCAUGUCGUACUAAGGCAGGACAAAGGUCAAAUGUAGGUCGUCUGCAUAAAUAUAGUCAAAAGUCUUCUGGACACAGAGAAACCUUUACAAAUAGUGAAUAUGAUCUGAAUCAGAUAAAUGACUUUGUUAAAACUGGCACAGAAUCAGCAGAAAUGAGUCAAGAUCCAACUCUGGCAGGAAAUAUCAGUAGAUCAAAUGAUCAAGAAAAAACAAUCACAAAAAAGAUAACAAAUGAAACUGUUGAUGAAAAACAUGUUGAUUUUCAUCAGACAUCAGAUAAAAAUGAAAUCUUGGAGAAACCUAAAAGAGGAAAAGGUAGACAGAAAAAAUCCAGAGCUAUUUCAAAACAAAAGAAACAUCAUGACAACAUAUUUGAAAACUUUAAUGCUAUAACAAAUGCCAAAAGCCCUGAAAGCGUUACAAGUCAGGAUUCUUCAAAUACUAGUUUUAGCAAUGAACAUGGGAAAACAGUAGAGGAAAGUACUGCUUCACUUGAUGACAACACCAAAGCUAUCAAAGGCAAAGUUCUAGAAUUCAAAAAGUCGCCUGAAUAUGAAAGCAAUUCUUAUAUUGACCUUGUUGCUAGUGGCAACCAGAAGCUGGUAGAUAAACGCAAUACUAACAACGUAAGUGUUUCCAGUGAUAAUUUGACUUCGAUGGACAAAGACAGUCGCAAUAAUGACCUUGUUUCUAGUGGAAAUCUGACUUUGAUAAAUAAAAGCAAUACUAACAAUGUAAGUGUUUCCAGUGAUAAUCUGACCUCGAUGGACACAGACAGUAGUAAUAACAUUGUUUCUAGUGGAAAUCUGACUUUGAUAAAUAAAAGCAAUACUAACAAUCUAAGUGUUUCCAGUGAUAAUCUGACUUCGAUGGACACAGACAGUAGUAAUAACAUUGUUUCUAGUGGAAAUCUGACUUUGAUAAAUAAAAACAAUAGUAAUAACGAACUUGUUUCCAGUGGAAACCUGACUCCCAUUGAUAAAAGUGAUACUAAUAAUGUAAAUGUUUCUAGUGGAUACCUGAAUCUAAUAGGUAGCAAUAUCCAAUACAAACGCAGUCCAGUAAGCAGUGUUGAUACUGAGGAUAUAGUAGAACCUUUAACCGAAAUUCAAAUGCCGAUAGCAAUUGAAGCUGACCUUCAGCCAUUUAGUUUUCCGAUUAACAUUGAUUGUGGUGUUUCAACAGAUCAAACCACUACAGAUAAUUAUGUACAACCUAUGAGUAUCAUUGAUAAUACAGCCACGAAAGAUUUGCUGUACCCGAAUAUUGGUGCCACAUCACUUAAGACUAUGCAGGAAGAUUCUUGUAAGCUUGUAAAUAGCUUGUCAGAGUAUGCAGUCACUAGCAGGGAGAAUAAAACUCAUAUAAUUCAUACCUUUGCUACCGAUGCAGUUGUUGUUGAAUCAGAAAAUACUGCAAGAACGUCUCAAAUUGAAUCAGUAAACAAUGUUACAUCUCCCCAUGAACAGUCUAAUGUGGAAUUAGGAAAUUAUGAACACAAAGGCAAUGUAUCACCAAAUGGCACUUUUAUACGAAAAGAUAAAAAUAUGGAAAACAAGCGUACUGACUUUGCCUUUAAGAGACCCGCACCCGUGGCUGGUAAAAAAAGUAAUCCCUGUUCAGACGACAAUGACAGUGAUGAUGGGAAAACGGAUUCUUCAGUCCCGCUAAUUGAAAAACAGACAACUUGUAGUCUUUUAGAAACUGUAUUCAGGUCAGAUGCAGUAUCUCCUCCGAAAAGACGAAAUGUAAUGUUUGUCAAUUUAACAAGUAAAAAAGCUAGGGAACUAGAAAGGAAAAGAAAGGAGGAAGAAAAAUUAAUACAAAACCAACCGAAAAAACAAAAUGUGCCUUUCUUUUUUCCUUCUAAGAAAAGAAAGAUAGCAUCACAACUCAACAAGACUCAAAAUGAUAAUGUUUGUAGACAAAUUGGUGGUCCAACACCAUCCAAGACAAUAAAACUUGAACGGCUUAAUACCAUGAAAAAUAUAGGAGUUGGUAGCAAGAUACCUAACAGGGAAACCAAUCAUUCAAUUGCAGCUAAAAAAGUUAGAAGUAACAGUCAGCUGACUCGCAAUAGCUCAAAGGAUGUAGGAGUGUUAAGUCAGGGUUCAAAUAAAGAGCCCGUUUACGAUUAUGGAGCUAAAAAUAUCGGAUUCAAAAGUCAACAGCAAAAUACCAGAGGUAAACAUGCAGCAAAUAAUAGUAUUCAACCAAGUCUUGGAAAGAUGGGUUUUAGUAGAGGAAAAUUGAUCGGAAAUGACGGUCGGCCAUUAAGUAGGGAAAACAGAGUUCAGAUGCCUCAGGAAAAUUUCAAUCAUUUUGAAGUAAAAAACAUAGCUAAUAGCAAUCAAACAGUAAAUCAGAACUUUGGAGGAAAAAAUAUCCAUCUAUCUCAUCAACAAAGAGAAAACAGUAACCUUUUUGGAACAUGUAAAGAUAUAGAUAAUCUCUUACCAACGAUUGGAAAUUUGCAAAGUAAUGAUAUGGGAGUAUUGGGAAGUAUGAAACAUGAACAGGGUUCCAGCUCCAAUAACUUAUUUGAUUUUACAGAUAUCUUCGAUGUCAAUAUAGUAACACAAGACAAUUUUUAUUCAGAAUCUACUGGUUUAGUCAUUGACAACAAGUCAAAAGUAUUGAGUGGAACAGAUCUUGCUUUAAUUACAGAAAUACCCAUAAAUAUACCACCAAACUUGACGGCUGUGAACAAUGUACAAUCUACGAACAGUAUACAUACACAAGGCAACAUCGGCUAUAAAGAUAUGCCAAAAUUAUAUUCUGCUGCAAACAUACAUGACGUAACAUCCAUGCCCAUCACACACACAGGUGGACCUAUGCCUGCAACUCAUGAACAAUCAAAAUUAUAUGCAGAUCAAGAUGGUAGAGAUAUCAUGCCAAAUUUAACCCCACAACCACAUGGAAAUAUACCAGGAAAUCAUAUCGUUUCUUCGAAAUUGUGUGCCAUGAAAAGUCUUGUCUCUAAAAAUAAUGAUGACCAUGUGAUAGAUUUUUUGGACUUGGACAGUUCUCAUGCUGAUAGAAUAUUAGACGAGAUAGAGACAAACCCUCAGCCGUUACACCAAUCUGAUCAUGAAAAAUUACAUAGAAGGGGGAAAUUACGGUCCCUAUAUAUGUCACACAAUUCAACAACCAGUGGACAAGCUCAUGGAAAACUUACUUCCACUUUGGCUCCGUCUCAAGGAGCGUUUAUCUCGAGUAAGGCAAUUGGAAAUCAGAUGAAUAUGAAUAAUUCAGGAAAUGAUAUACAUAUUGCCGAGAGAGGACCUGCUAUGAUAUCUAACCCAACUCAUCUACUGGAUAACUUAAUUGAGAAUGAAAACAAAAAGUUAGUUGUCUCCCUUCAAAAACUUACCGAUAGUGACAUACAAAAGCAGAAUCAAAUGACGGGUUUAGAAACUAUGGAAACCGAACCAGAAACUUAUCUGGAAGAAUAUGAGGAGGGUGAAGAUUUACCAAGCUUGAAACCAUGGCAUUGUGCUCUUUGCAAUGAACAAUACCGACUUAAAAAAGAACUAAUUCGUCACAUUUCUAUAGUCCAUGAAAUUUCACAGUUUGAUUCGCGACUGAGAAACUAUAUGUGCAAUAUGGAGGGUAAACCAAUGUCUAAAAACUCUCAGUUACUUUCUGAUGAUAUAAUAAAAACAGGACAUAGUGCAGCAGGUAAACAUUCUGCCUCAUCUGUAACCUAUGCUGAUGGGAACACUUUGUCCAAAGAACAAUCUGCUCUUGGUCAUAGAGACAAGAUUAUUACAAUUGUGGAUCAAGACGAAGAAACCGUUAACCAGGGAGGUGUAAAUAAAGUAAACAAUCAGCAAUCAAAGAUAGCCACCAACGUCACUAUUGAUGCUCGCUGGAGAUGCCUAAUAUGUCCGAUGAGAUUUCUAACAAAAAUCGAUGUGAUUCAACAUGUUAGAAUGAAACACAAACAGGCUGCUGGUGAAAGCACUCCUUACGAAUUUGAACCUACGAGUAGUCAAAAUAAUCAAAUCAAUCAGUCCGCAUCAAGAACUGUAGAGAAAUCUAACAUUGUAAAUAAUCCAUCUUUUACUGCUCCAAGGAAAGUUAUUAGGAGAAAGAAGGAGGAAAAGAAGAAAGCAAAAGUUAAAGAAACAUCUGAAAUAUUAAUUAUAUCUUCUAAGACCAACUCUAUUCCUUUUGAUAUAUUCCGAGCACCUAUGGACGAACCUGAAGAGUUGAGACAGAUAUUAUCAGUAAAAUGGUAUUGUAAAUUAUGUCCUAAUUGGUAUAGAUUAAGGAAAUGCUGUUUACAACAUGUGCAGAAAGAACAUGACAUCAGAGGUAACUGGGCCAGGUUCUACUUCCAUAACUCACAACAAGUGACGGCUAUUCCGAGCAUGGAAAUAUGUACCGGUCCUCACGUCGACAUCAAGGCAUAUCAAUUCUGUAUUGUCUGUGGACGGUCCUAUGUAGAUAUGAACGAAACAACUAGACAUGUACGUCGCAAUCAUGGCUACAUUGCGGAAGUUCAUCGUACAAUGUGUGUUCAGGAUAAAAUGGACACAGUAAAGAUAAUAGUUGCAUGUGAUAUUUUUAUGGAUUUGCAUAUGUACGUUGUUGGCAGUAAAUCGGCCUUACUGGUCCAGAAGGAUUUUUUUGAUGAACUGUUUACAAAUUGUAUGAGUAAUAAUAUAAGGGAUUUCAAGGAUUCUGAUGUGGCGGUGGCAAGACAAUUAAAAAGAAUUCUUUUUGAAAAUGGAAUGAUUAAUUUGAAACCUUCAGAACAAGAGAUGUUGGGAGAUGUUGCUCAUAAUUAUGACGUCUACAAAAUAUCGUUUCAAGAAGAUUUUCAGUGGGAUAGAGGAAGUCAGAAGCACGGAUCAACGGGCGGGAAAAUGUCACCAGAAGAUAGUGAUUCUAGUGAGGACAGAGAUCCUAGCACGUCUAGUGAAGGAGGGAGAAAUGUAAGCGAAGAGACUGGAACUUCUGAUUAUUCUGGCAAAUCUGACGUUGUAUCAUUGCAUCGUUGUCACAAAUGUAACCUUUCCUUCGAGGACAGGAUGACGCUGGACAAACAUAAUCUAACCCACAAAAUUCAGGUCAGAUUUAGCUGCAGACUUUGUAGUAAAAAUUUUCCGAAGUUAUUUUUUCUUCUCCAGCACUUAGAAGUAAAACAUAAUCAAACACAAUCAACUUAUUUCCAGUUUGUUCUCGAACAUGAACAAGUUAUUAUGGAAGAGGCUGAAACUGAGGAGCAGAUCAUGGACCAAGCAUUAGAAGAUGAAUCCGACUCGUCAAAUUCUGCAAUUAUCAAUGUACAAUCGGGUAUAGAUGAUGAUGAUGAUGAUCAGGAACUUGAUUCGGAUGAUGUUGAAACAACAGAAACAAGAACAUGUUUUGUUUGCGGAAAACAUUUUGAAACGAGACUUUCUUUAUUCACGCAUUUGAAAGAUAAGCACAAAAUUUAUAAAAGAAAAUGUUUAAAUUGCAAUAAGAAUUUUUCUUGUAAGACUGACCUUCAGAAACAUUUUGCUGAUAUUCACGAUAUCGAUUUUGUUGUUGAUUUGUCGGAGCAAAUCUUCCGUUGUUUUGUAUGUGAUGUGAUUAUGGAAAGUCGUUCUGAAUUAAAAGAGCAUUUACCAACACACGAGAAAGAAGGUUAUAAUUGUAAUCUAUGUGAAAUAAAGUAUACUGCACCCUCUAGUUUGAGAUUUCACAAAAGGACAGUUCAUUGGAAAUUAGAGGGGACAAGGUCGUGUAAAAUCUGUGAUGAUAAACUGUUUACCAAUAUGAAGGCUUAUGAAUCUCACAUGCUGAAUCAUUUUUAUGAUUUUCUUGGACCAAUGAAAUGUGCAAAAUGCAAUAUUACAUGUAAGAAUAAAAAGGCAUAUAAACAACACAUAGCAAGCCAUGGAGUGUCACUAGUAUGCGAACAUUGUGGUAAAGUUUGUUCCGACCAGCACGCGUUGCGCCAUCAUAUAGUUACUCACAAUUUAAGUAAAAAAUGUGAAGUUUGUGGAAAAAUGCUUAAUAAAUAUAGCUUGAAAAAUCACAUGACAAAAGUACAUGGUGAAAAAGAAAAGGCAGCGUGUCCACAUUGUGGUCGACUUGUAAACCAGAGUUACAUGAACGCUCAUAUCGAGGAAAUGCAUAAUAAGGUUAAAACUUUCGAUGAAAGGAAGAAAAAAGUUUGUGAUAUUUGUGGAAAAGUCUUUAAAAGACCUGGACUAUUGAAAACACACAUGGUCGUACAUACAGGAGAGCGUCCUUAUGUAUGUGAAGUGUGUGAUCGAAGUUUUGGUUAUAAAACAGCAUUAAAUACUCAUUAUGCCACACAUAAAGGAUUCAAGCCACACAAAUGUAAAUUUUGUACAUCAUCAUUCUGGCUAAUUAGUCAAUGUAAGGCACAUAUGAAAUCAGAUCAUGGAUACAUUGACCCAGAUUUGAAACACGCAUGUCACUGUUGUGAUAAACGAUUUAAACACUUGGCUGGUCUACGUUUACACAUGGAUGAAACCCACCCGGAAAUGGUUCCCGGUCCAAAAUUUUAUCCUUGCCAUAAGUGUAAAAAAGAGUUCAAAUACAGGAAAAGUUUGAGGGAGCAUGUGGCAGUGUGUUCCCCAGGAACAGAGUUGGGAAAUUUAUAUAGGAAGGGCAAUGAUAAUAGUGAUUCUUCCGUUUUUGUUGAAUCACAAGAACCACAAGUUGUUGAUAUGGAUAUAUUUGAAACAUUUCAUGAUGUAGGUCAAAAUGAAUUACAAAUUCACGAGCAGAUUAUUUCAGAACAACCACACAUUGCAAGUGGGAUGAUACACAAGCAGUUGACCACUGCAGAUGGACAGCAGAUUAUCAUUCAGGAACAAUCUGGUGAUCUAUCCUAUCAAACAAUAUACAUCCAGUCAGAAGAUCCAGCUAGUCAGGGACAGGUCUAUGUUCAGGAUGUGACAAGUCAGGACCAAAUCAUUCUACAGGAAGGAAAUAAUGAAGGGGAGAUAAUUGUGGCAUUACCUGACAAUUGUGGUGAAUAUAAUGUUGAUUUUCUGACUUCUAGUAAUGAUAUUGUACAAGAUGGAGAUAUUGGAUAUGCUGAGAUAAUUGUACAAGAUCAAUAAAAACUGAUAAUGUUUGGUUUAUUUAAAUCCUACGCAAACUAUUAAGAAUGGCUUUAAGUUCAGAAUUAAAUGUGUGAAUUGAUUAAUGGUAAUCUUUAAAAGUGACAAAUAAAGCACUGAGCAUACCUCUAUUGUGGUAGAUUGGUUUUAUGGACUUUUUAAAAACAAACUGUUCUUGUUAAUAACAUGCAGGAAACAAGAAUAUUUUUGAAACUCUUAUGUUGUAUUAAUAUUUUUCCAAAGCGUUUUUCCCCACUACUGAAACAAAUAAAUUUAAUUGAUUUUUGUUAGGAUCAAUAAAUGUAAUUUUUACAAAAGUUAUAUAUUACUUUCCAAAUUUUGAUGUACGUUUUAGCAAAUUCAAUUCUACCAUAUUUCUGCAUUCAUAAAAUCAUUACAUUAAUUACUAAAUUUACAUACAGUAGUAUGUUCAAAGAAAUGAGAUAUUAUGUAUAACAGGUUUCUGUGGUGGUUUUUAAAAUACCAUGUUCAUUUGGUAAAAGUAUUAUAAAGGCCAUAUUUAAUGUAUAUUUUAAGCUAUCCAUGUAUAUGAGAGAAAUUCAAAAAUAUGAGAGUACUAGGAAAGGAAAUGAUUUAAAAAUAGCUUUAAAAGAAACAUGUUACGUAGAUACUUUAAGGUUGUUAGUAUGGCAUGAUUGUAACUGUUUUGCACUAAAUAGAGUCUGCAUUGAGCCAUUUAUUCUUUAAUUUACUGAUAAUCUCUUUGAUAUGAGAUACAUUCUAUAAGUAGUUGCCUUUUUUGUAUCAGUUAUUUCCCUUCGCUGUUUAAAUGGUCAUUAAUUUUCAUAGACAAUGAAUAGCCAACUGAAAGGACAAAUGUAUCUUUGCAUAAUGUAUUUGAUUUUUUGUCGAGCCUUCGACUCUUGUCGAAAAAGCGAGACUAAGCGAUCCUACAUUCUGUCGUCGUUGGUGUCGUCGUCGUCGGCGGCGUCCACAAAUAUUCACUGUGGUUAAAUUUUUUGAAAUUUUAAUAACUUUCUUAAACUAUACUGGAAUACUUUCAAAUGUGGGCAGAAGCUUGUUUAUGAUCAUAAGAUAGU